GGUUACACUGCAUGACUGUUUUUCUUUCUUGAUCUCCUUCAACUGCACCUGUCCUUUGCAGCACUAAUAAAAUGGCUAGCUUGUGGUUGCUGUUAGGUCUAUUACUUUAUAGUUCAGCAGAAGCUGGGAAACUGUUGGUUAUACCAUCAGAUGGCAGUCACUGGUUGGGGAUGAAGCCUAUUGUGGAGGAGCUAGGGAGGAGAGGAAACCAGGUGGUGGUCGUCAUCCCAGAGGCAAGUCUGAGUAUGGGUCCUUCAGAGCAUACCACCACUCUGACGUAUCCAGUCAACUACACCAAGGCUGAGUUAGAAGCAAGCCUAGCAGACAAAUUCAACACCAUUGUGGGCAUUGAUAUCUCUACAGACCUCGCCAAGUUUCAGGCGUUCAUCAUCUCACUGGAUGUUAUGCAGAUGUUUACUUUAAGGAAUGCAGAGGGUCUGCUUUUCAACAAGGGCUUGAUGAAGAGACUGAAAGAAUACAACUUUGAUGCAAUACUCACAGACCCAUUUGAGCCCGCUGGAGCUGUAGCUGGUGAAUAUCUCUCUGUUCCAGCUAUUUAUUUGCUAAUAAACCAUCCUUGUGGUGUUGAUACUCUUUCCAGUUAUUGUCCAGCUCCAGCCUCUUAUGUUCCACAAGCUUUUACUCACUUUACUGAUCGCAUGAAUCUUUGGCAAAGGAGUGUGAACCUGGUAAGGACUCUGAUUCAGCCCAUGGCUUGUCAGCGCAUUUAUGCUCGUGCAGAUGAGAUCGCCUCACAAGUACUUCAGAGAAAAACAUCAAUGGUGGAAAUCAUGAGCCGCGCAGCUCUCUGCUUUUUGCGUUUUGACUUUGCUGUGGAAUUCCCACGUCCAGUGAUGCCUAACAUGGUCAUGAUUGGAGCAACUGUUAGCCAGAAACUCAAGCCACUAUCUCAAGUGAGUCUUUUUGUUCAGUUCUUAAUAGUCUGUUACUGAUGCCUACAGAUGGCAGAUGCUGGACCCUACUAUACUAUUCUUCCUUUUUCUUCUGCCAUGUCUUUAUAUUGAAGAAAUCGUAAGGUAGUAGUAUGGUCUUUCAGUUUCAGCAAUUUAUUCCAGAAGCACUGAGAUCUUUCACUUUUUCACUUUCUUUUUGUCUUUCUUUGUCAGUCUGUGCAUUAAUGAUGGAUAUUUUCAGUGACUUUUUCUGCAGAUUGCAUCGAUGCACCAUUAGGUGACACUCAAGUAUAUAAAAAAGCCACAUUCUUUUUUAGACCAUUGAUAGCUAAAUUCAUAACGGCUUACUCAUAUGGUCUUCAUAAGGGCAUCAUGAAGUGUUAAGAUGGCUUUGACAUUUUUGCUGUAUAGCUUUGCCAGUAGCCAUCACAAUUUGCAGUUUUUACAUUUUGCUUUCUUUUUCUUUAGUUUUUUCUAUGACAUUAAAAAUUCAUAUCCAUUUAUUCCUGCAAUUUUUUGCAUCUUUUUUCAACUUUCACCCCGAUUGGUUGCCGCACUGCCUUAGAUAGAAGAAGUCCCACCCACCUGCAGUGGUGUCCACCUUCAUUGGAGAUAAAGUCAUUGUGAGACAUUGGAGUACUUUACAUUGCACAUUGCCAGAUUGAUUUUGCCGACCUCUGCUGCAGCUUGCAAAGGCAAAAGUGAGAGAUUUUUUUUAAAUUAUAUAUACCAGUGAUAAAAUGC